GCGCACAGGUGUGCUUGAGCACUCCCAAUCACUUACAGCUGUGGUAGUAUUUUCAGGGGCUGUCAGACCUCAACGCUCACUUCCCAAACCUGGCAAAGAAUGGACCGCGGCCUGCAACGACUCCUUCCUUGGUGCUUUAUCGUUUUCUUCUCCGUUCCUACGCUCGCAGAGAGCCGGCUAGUGUACAACCGAGGCCCAGCCAUUGACUCACAAUACGACCUGCUCGCGAUUUAUCAUGAAUACCGGCAGCCGGCCGUGAAACAGCAGCAAAGCGCGGAGCUCGGUGUGCAGCCUCGGCCUGUCGUGGUCAAGUGUCACCCGGAUUCGAUGGAGGUCGUGGUGCAGGCUGACAUGUUCGAUACAGGCCUGCGGGUGGACGGCAGACACCUGCGGCUGGGCCUCGGUGCCGUGAGUGAAGGGAGUGAUUGCGGAGCAGUCCCUUCAGGAGAGGAGGAAUUCACCAUCCACGUCUGGUUGGUGGAUUGUGGAUCCAAACUUUCACCGUCAAAAGAGGACAUUAUCUAUUCCAAUGUCCUGGUCUACUCUCCCCAACCUUCCUCUGAUGGUUUAUUUCGACUCGAUGGAGCUGUUAUUCCGGUUGAAUGCCACUAUGAAAGGAAAUAUUCCAUGGAUAAGAUUUCCCUGCAUCCUACCUGGGUUUCUUUUAUCUCCAGGGCCUCAGCAGAUGACCAGAUAAACUUCAAUCUGCUACACAUGACUGAUGAUUGGCAGUUUGAGAGGGGCUCUCAUACAUACUUCCUGGGUGACCCCAUCCGUUUUGAAGCCUCUGCCAUUAUUGGCAACCACUUGCCCCUGCGAGUGUUUGUUGACCGCUGUGUGGCCACGGCGACUCCUGACACAGAGGCGGCAUUAAGAUACGUCUUCAUUGACGGCCAUGGAUGUCUCGCAGAUGCUUUCCUGACGAACUCCAGCUCACGAUUCCUACCGAGGGUCGAGGAACACAAGCUGAGAUUUCAGCUGGAUGCCUUCAAGUUCUACCAGCAACCCAACAACCAGGUCUACGUAACAUGCUACAUGAAAGCUGUUCCAGUAACGUCGUCAGUCAGCUCUCGAAACCGGGCCUGCUCCUUUAUUCAGAACCGAUGGCAGUCGGUGGAUGGGAAUGACCAGGUAUGCAGAAGCUGUGACGCGUCCCAUCCAGAGGAGGAGCCUACAUCCCCAGAACCUCCUAAAACUACUAUGAGCACCAACGCAUGGCCCACCACGACCUUGCAGGAAAGUUUACACAACAGACCCCAACAUCAGCCGGCUAAAUACAUCCGAUUCCGUCCAGAAGCGCAUCCAAGCCAACACAACAAACCUCAGCAGCCCUCGGCUAAAUUAGUGAAGAGAGGAACGGACUACAAAGCAGAGCAAACUGUCCAGCUGGGACCCCUCAUUGUGCUGCCAUCCAGCAGAUUUGUCACAAAGCCAGCAGCUUCCAAAAAAGUAAUUUCACCACAGAACAACACCGCCUGAGACUCGGUAUACUUGACUGGAGAGCUACAAGGCGAGCACGUUUUGGACAUGACAGACAAUGCCCCACGAAUACAGAGAUUAAUCUCGUCAUUCAGAUGCAAAUCUUGCUUAUUAAAAAAAGAAAAGCUUUUCCUGUAAACUUUGUCAGCCGUUGUCAAAGAAAUCAUUGUAUUUUGUUAAAGUUCAUAUAUAUUCUGUAUGUAAAUGACAAAUUCUCUCUCCAGUAAGCCUUUUACAACAAUAACUUUGUUUUCCCUUCUUUGCUUCUGCCUUCAAAUACAAAACACAACAAACCCGA